AUGACACAAACAAGAAAAACUUGCGGUGUCCUGGGCUGCACGGGCAGCGUCGGUCAGCGGUUCAUUUUGCUACUAUCCCAGCAUCCAUACUUCGAUCUCAUCGCCGUUGGCGCUUCCAGCAGGUCCGCCGGAAAGGCCUACAAAGAUGCUACAAGAUGGAAACAGGCCUCUUUGAUGCCACAGACAGUGAAGGAUAUGGUUGUGAAAGAAUGCACGCCCGAAGGGUUCACAGACUGUGACAUUGUGUUCUCCGGGUUAGACGCUGAUGUAGCUGGAGAUAUCGAAAUGGCCUUCCUCAAGGCUAAUAUCCCGACUUUUUCUAAUGCGAAGAAUUAUCGACGAGACCCUCUUACACCACUCAUCGUACCCCUCGUAAACACAUCCCACUUCUCAAUCAUACCCCACCAGAUGAAGACUCACGGCCUAUCAAAGGGAUUUUUGGUUACUAACGCAAACUGCUCGACUACUGGCUUAGUCGUCCCAUUGGCGGCAUUGGUCCAAGCCUUCGGACCCCUCUCGGCUGUAGCCGUGACCACUUUGCAGGCUAUAUCCGGUGGAGGAUACCCCGGUGUCCCAUCAAUGGACAUCCUAGAUAAUGUAGUCCCAUAUAUCUCUGGUGAAGAAGAAAAGAUUGAAUGGGAAACCGGCAAGAUUCUCGGUGGUGUCAAUUCCGAAGGUACUGCUUUCGAGAUGCUUCAAGUCGCUGUGUCUGCCCAGUGCAAUCGGGUUGCAGUGAUGGAUGGCCAUACCGCCUGUGUCAAUGUAAAGUUUGAGAGGCAGCCACCACCAAGUAUCGAUGAAAUUAAAGAUGCUUUGCGGAAAUACAGAUGCGAGCCGCAGGAGUUGGGUUGCCCGAGUGCACCAAAGGAGGCUAUUGUGGUCAGGGAGGAGGAUGAUAGACCGCAGCCAAGACUAGAUAGAGAAACUGAGGGCGGAUAUGCAGUGAGUGUUGGUAGGGUUCGUCCGGACAAUGUCUUCGACAUUAAAUUCGUGGCGUUAUCGCAUAAUACUGUUCUCGGUGCUGCUGGUUCAUCCAUUCUCAAUGCAGAGGUAGCUGUUAUCAAAGGCUUACUGUAG